AUGCGCGUUCGUGCUCGUUCGUUCACGCUCACGCACUUUUAUCCGCCAAACUUAUAUUGUAAAGCAGGCACAGAGACCAUCUCUGUGCUUCCUUACAUCUUCAGCCCAACUUUCAUCUAUAUGUCCUCCACAGAAGUUGCCCAACAGGUUGUGUCAAUAAAAGGUCAGUUCUUCAAGGAGUACAAUAUAGUUAUCAUUACCCUGGUUUGGAAACCCAACAUCUUUGCUGCAAACAGAGAUGAGUGGAGAAAGCACAGAUAUAUCAUCACUCCUGCACUCAUCAACACGAUAGGUAUACCUUGGUCUGAGAGCAGACUGCCAGGGUUUUUGACAAGAUGGAACAUGGUGAGGGUUAGAAAGGCAGGCUCAUCAUGA